AUGGGUGGUCAGGCUGGUAUCUGGUGCCUUGGACAAGAACUUGUUGUUUGCGAAGUGGUCUGUCGGCUCACAAGUUUGGUCAUCCUCACCGUCGCCACAUCGAGACAUCAUAUCUAUGCGUUAGCAGAGGGAAAACGAGGAUCAUCCUAUACUGGUAUAAUUGAGUUAAUACUUAGUCGACGAGGGAGUCGGUACUGGCCACAAAUAAUCUCAGAGUGGAUACAGAGCGGCGAUAUGCUUUUGAGGCUUAAUCAAAGCGAGAGACUUCAUUUUACAGAUGGCGAUAGUAUAACACGUAAUCAACGUUGGGUUCAGCCACAGUUCACUAUUAUUUCAUGCCUUUAUGAGUAA